UGAAAGAAAAUCUGCAAAACCCCUCAUCGAGAAGCUCGUACAGAUCGCCGUAUGUGCCCAGAAACCCCACCAACCCUACCCACCAUCUGUAAAUAUCCGAAUCUUGGGUUAGUCGCGAUGCCAACACCACGGAGACAAGGGCCCACGAAGGAUCGAGAGGAAUGCCACAUGUCAAGCCAGACAACCUGUUAUGGCAUCUUUGGCCCAAUGGAGGCAGCUUGCACUUGAGAUCCUGAGAACUCACCACGCAGUCAUCGUGUCUAUGCCGAGAAAACAGGUUCCAGGCCGACUGCACCGAACCCUUCUCUCCCAGGUUGAGAGUCCGAGACUGUAUAGGCACAUCGAGUCAGUUCAUUGACCAUGAGGUUUCGCGACGGACAAUGGCUCGUGGCCGAGGGCGUGCGCAUCGAGUAUGCCGAGGAGGUCUACCGAAUAACGCCAACCCCUUCCGGGAAAGGCAUUAGCCUGCUGUGCCCAACGCGCAAGAUCAUGACGCGCGGCGACACCCUGAAUCUUGGUACACUCAGCAUUGACAUCGAGGCCGCCAUCGACGGCGUCAUCUCCGUCGAGACUACCCACUGGCAGGGUGCUGUCCGUCGCGGGCCAGACUUCGAUCUUUUCCCUGCAGGCCGCCCUGAGGUGAAUGCCAAAAUCACAACGACCGAGAAUGGCACCACGCUCUCCGCCGGGAGCCUCUCGGCAACAGUCAGCGGCAAACCACACGAGUUCGACAUCUCGUUCCACCCGACCGACAGCAGGAAGCCGCUGACCACGCUCCUCAACCGGUCUGUUGGCUUGGCCUAUACGCCGGCGCCAAGCACGCCCAUGCAGUUGGCCGAUGUGCGCAACUUCAAGCAUUAUAUCUUCACGCAAACCACACUCAGCGUCGGCGAGUCUGUUCACGGCCUUGGCGAGCGUUUUGGCCCCUUCAACAAGGUCGGCCAAAAGGUGGACUUGUGGAACGCCGAUGGCGGCACUUCCUCGGAUCAGGCGUACAAAAACAUCAGCUUUUGGAUGAGCUCUCGCGGGUACGGAGUCUUCAUUGACACGCCCGAGCGCGUUGAGCUUGAGAUCGGAAGCGAGCGCUGCUGCCGCGUGCAAACCAGCGUCGAAGGGCAGAGGCUCCGCUGGUACAUCAUCUACGGCCUCUCCCCUCGCGAGAUCCUCCGCAGAUACUCGAUCCUCACGGGUGUGCCGGGCAGUGUGCCCAGCUGGUCCUUUGGCUUGUGGCUUAGCACGUCCUUCACCACCUCGUACGACGAGAAAACCGUCAACAGCUUUCUCGCAGGCAUGCAGGCCCGCGACAUUCCGGUCGAGGUGUUCCACUUUGACUGCUUCUGGCUCAAGGCCUUCCAGUGGUGCGAUUUCGAGUUUGACCAGGACAUGUUCCCUGACCCCAAGGGUCAAAUCACGCGUCUGAAGGCCGACGGCGUGGUGAAGAAGGUCUGCGUGUGGACGAACCCCUACCUCGGCCAGGCCUCCCCCGUGUUUGCCGAGGCCGCCGCCAAGGGCUAUCUGCUGAAGCGCAAGAACGGAGACAUCUUCCAGUGGGACUUGUGGCAGACGGGCAUGGGCAUUGUCGACUUCACCAAUCCUGAUGCCUGUGCCUGGUUUGUCAGCUGUUUGGAGAGGCUCUUUGACACUGGCGUCGACUCCAUCAAGACGGACUUUGGAGAGCGUAUCCCGUCUGAGGACGUGCAGUGGUUCGACUCCUCCGUGGACCCCAAGAGGAUGCAUAACUACUAUGCCUUCAUCUACAACAAGCUGGUCUACGAAGCCCUGCAGAAACGCUAUGGCGCCAACGAGGCCGUCCUGUUCGCCCGCAGUGCGACGGCAGGGACACAGCGAUUCCCGCUCACUUGGGGCGGGGACUGUGAGUCGACGCCCGAGGCCAUGGCCGAGUCCCUCCGUGGCGGAUUGUCCCUGGGAUUGUCCGGCUUCGCUUUCUGGAGCGUCGACAUUGGCGGUUUCGAAGGCUACCCGCCGCCCUGGAUCUACAAGCGCUGGGUCGCCUUUGGCCUGCUCUGUUCACACUCGCGUUUGCACGGCUCCAACUCAUACCGUGUGCCCUGGACCGUGGAUGACGACGACCAGUCGGAGGAGGGGUGCUCGGCCACCCUCCGCAAGUGGACGCACCUCAAGGCCCGGCUCAUGCCCUAUCUGUUCUCGCAGGCCCAGGACUGCGUGAAGAACGGCAUUCCGCUCAGUCUUAGGGCAAUGUGCAUCGAGUUCCCCGAGGACCCGACUGCAUGGACCCUCGACCGCCAGUUCAUGCUCGGCGAUAGUCUCCUUGUCGCACCCGUGUUUGAGGAGGAUGGCACAGUUCAAUUCUAUCUGCCCAACGGAAAGUGGACAAAUUUCUUCACCGGAGAGGUGAAGAGCGGCCCCGGCUGGUUCACCGAGACCCACUCAUUCGGCUCUUUGCCACUGUAUGUCCGCCAAAACACGCUUCUGGUCUUGGGGAAGGAGGGCGAGAAGAGGACUGUCUACGACUACACAACCGAUGUGGAGGUGAGAAGUUACUUUGCCAGCGAGGGCGCCGCCGCUGUCCUGGUUGACAGCGAGGGAAAGAGAGUCGGCAUCCUGGAGGUCAAGGAUGGACAGGUCGUGGGGAAGGACGUCUUGAAGGGCAACUCGGUCAUCACUGUCGUGAGCGAGUGAGGCACUUGGGUCGACGUGUCUAGCAUGAACAGACGUUAGGAGUCUACUUAGGUUUAGUGCUCACGACUUCCCAGUUAUCUGCGAACAUGGACCCCACGCACCCCUGAAAGUCCUUGGAACAUACAAUGUAUGCGAGUCGAGAUGCGCUUCCAAACGCAGCACUCAAAUUCCCAGAGAGCCACUGUCUCCGAACUGAUCCUCUGAUGUCAUCGCUGUACAGACAAGCGAUUAAGACAUGUCCCUGGGGCAUGUCCCUGAGGCCUGUA